AUGGUUACUAACAGUAACUCACUCUCCACCACUGAACCUGGGGGUACGUCAGACGUGGCGCCGUGCCCCCCUCAGGCGAUGACGACACAGAUGUCGCAGCAGCAAUCGCAGCAGGAGUCGCAGCAGCGAGAGUCCGACAACGUGUGGGCUCGCCGGCGACAGGUGCAGGGUCGCGAGCGUCCGACCCUGGCGUUGCGCAAGAGCAGCAGCAACGCCGACGCCGUCACCGCCGUGAUCGCCCGCGAAUCGCCAUCUCUCCACACUGCUCUCUCGCUCGACAAGCCGGAUUCCGCCAAACGCCACCCCCGAUCGGCAGGGGGGCGGCCUCGGGGGAUGGCGGGCAAAGCCUCACAACUCGCGCGAGACGCUGUUGCGGGGGAGGCGGCGACGCGGCGACAGGAGCGGAAGCGGGGCGAAGCGGAGCCGGCGAACGAGAUUGAUGGAAAGCAGAUCGACGAAACGCUCACGAGCUUUGAGCUGAUGCGGUUGCCCGGAUUUCGCGGGACGAAGGCGACAGACGACAGUCGCAGCGCCAGCGGUGACGCUACUAGCAACGACAGCAGCGCGGCAGGAGGUUUCGGCAGCGGGAACGAAGAGGAGAGCUCGUGGGAGGAAGGGAACCGGGUGGGUCGCAGCAGCCUGGGAUCCUCUCACGCCGCCGCGACGGCCUCUAAAUAUGAAUGCAUCUUUCCGCGCGACGGAUCGUACGCUCGCGACGAGGAGUACAGCGGCGGCGAAGACGGCGACGAACGACCAGGCAAAACAAAACUUGGUAACCCGUCGGCUUGGGAGGUCGACGACUUCCCCGGCUUUUCCAUGACCCCACCCGGCGGCGCAGCAGCCGCUGCCACGCCCGUCGAAUCGGAGUCGGAGUUGGAUCGCGACGCUCCUGGCGGCGCGACGGAGGUGGUGACAGAAAAAUGCGGGUGGAGCAGAGUGGCUGGGAGGAGCUCCUCCGUGUCUGUCGGCGCAGAUCCCGCUGGAACUGCGGCGUCGCAGAAGAGUUCCGGCUCCGAACCUCAUGGUAUGCGUGGUGAAGGCGGAGGGGAUGAGGGAGUGUGGGAGGAGAGAGAGGGAAGGGGGUGGCAGAGAGGAAGAGGGAGAGGAUGGGAGCAGGAGGGACGAGAGAGGGAGAUAUGGGGAUCACGGGACAUGGGGCUAGAGACAGUCAGGGUGGCGGCGGCUGUAGCUGCCACAGAUGGUGCUGAUUUUGCUGCUGUUGGUGAUGGGGGGUUUCCUGCUGCUGCUGCCAGUGGCAUUGUCAUAGCGCCACCUGUUACUGCUUCCGACGUGGGGGGUGACGUGUCUCUUGCUGACCUGGAGGCAGCACUUGCCACGCUGUCACAAUCUGCACAGGGGAGGGGGGAUGUGGGAGCAGGGCAAUACAGGCGACACCAUCGUGCCUCAUCCUUCUCACACGCACCUCCCUCCCACUCCUCUAUCUCCCGUACCCCUCCUUCUCGCUCCCCCCUUCCCCCAUCCCCCUCCGCCCGCUCUGCAUUUGCGCACUCCCCCUCCAACCGUUCCCCAUCCCCCUCUGCCCGCCGCUCCCCCUCCCCAUCCGCGUGCUCCCGCUCCCCUGCGCCCAUCACCCGGUCCCCCAACGCCUCUCGCGGCAGCAUGCAUGCGCGGUCAUGCAGUUACCACAUGGGCCCCACCUUUGCCGUGCCCACUGCCGCUGGUGCUGUUGAUGGUGCUGCUGCUGGGUCAGGGAUGAGGGUAGGAGCUGGUGGAGUGAGUGACGGUGCCAAUGUGGGGGAGGGUGGCGGAACGAGGAGGGGAGGGCACCACCGCAGCAGGAGCAUCAGCACCACUGGUGGUGUCUUUGGCACAGGAGGGGGUGAGGAAGCAGGGGAAGCGAGACGAGCGGGAGGAGGGAGGGGGCAAUCAGGCUCCGCUGCCACGGGCAGCACGGGCAGCACGGGCAGCAGUCCAGGCGGCAACAGCAGGCGGUUCUUGCAGCGGCCACUCAGCUUCAACGCCGUUCAAGGCCUCCUUCUCUCCCGCUCUGGCCCUCGUACUCCCCCUCCCCACCUGCACCUUCCUCCUCUUCCCCUCUCCUCUGACCGCCUCUCGCCCUCCCCGUCCUCCUCACAUGCUCUCCGCAGCCCCCAACCGAGCCAGCAGAUCAGCCCUGGGUACAGCCCGAACCUGAACGCCAGCUUCGGCCACGCGCCGAGCCUGAAUGUGAGGAGCCGGUCGCCGAGCCCCCAGGUGCUUUCCCGCGUGGCAAGCACUGGCAGCCUGGAAGACGAGGGGGACGCGGAUGGCGAGGCAGACCACGAGAGGGGCAGGGGGAGAGUGCGAGGGGGAGGGAGGGCGUUGGAACGGGAGGGGAGCAGAGGGGAGGGGCGACGGUCGAGGGGGCCGAGCAGGAGCAGGAGCCGCACUGGUGGGCGGCGGAUGGGGAUGGGGCUGUCGUGGUCCAUGGGGCCGGCGAGAGACGCGGGGGAGUUUGACGAGGACCUGCGGGACUGGGAGGGCGAGCUGCUCUUCCGCCCUCAACACCACCCCCACCUCUUCCCGCCUGACCGCCUGCUCCCAAGUGUUGGUGCUGGCGGCGCUGUUCCUGCUGCUGGUGGUGGUGCUGGUGCUGGGAUGGAAGGGGAUGUUGGUUUGCUUGCGCCUGUUGACCACACACUGGCUGCUGCUGGUCGUCGUGCUGUGGAUCGGGAUGGUUACGCUGGUAACGCCGGUAAUGCUGAUAACGCGCGCGACAGGAGGGCGGGGGCGGGUGCACCGGGGCACAGGCGGUUUGUGUCGGACCUGUUCUUCGAUGCCCCCAUGGAUUACUUCCAGCCGUUCCUGCCCUCCCCUGCUAACUCCUCUGGUGCCUCCAGCCCUGCCCUGGACCGGCUUGCACCGCACACCACCCAGUUUGAACUUCUCUCACCGCACUCGGGGCAGUUUGAGACCUCCGCCCCGCACAUGCCACGAGCACUGCACUUUGACCUCGCCCUCCCUCACCCACCCUCCGCAUCAUCCUUUGACCCGCAUCUCUCCCUCUCCGGAUCCUUCGAACUCCUCGCUUCCGAGCGACCAUCAUCCGAUCUCUCACCUCAUAACCCUUUCACAGCCCUUGAAAACAGCAAUGGCAUGAGCAACAUGAGCAGCAGCAGCAACAGCAUCAGCCUUGUGCAUCCCUCCGCCUCACCCUUACUCCCAUCAGCAGCCCCGCUCCCCCCGCGUAGCAGCAGCAGGCGCAAGCUGCUGGGCGAGCGGCGGGGCUCCAGCUUCAAAGAGCGCCGCUCCUCGCGCGACCUCUCCUUUGGGGACGACCCCGCCUGGCUCAACCCCUCUCUCGCCCCCUCCUCCUCCCCAUCCGCCUCCCCUCCCCCUCCCCUUCCCCUCUCCAUCACUCCGUCUCGCGACACCGGGGCAGCCCUUGCAGCUGCCUCCUCCUCCUCGGCCUCCGCCUCCCGCCACCGAGUGGCCGGAAGUGGUAGUGGCAGUGGCGCCAGCAGGGAGAGAGCCUUCAAUCGCAGCAGCUCUUAUGGAGGACAGGGGCGCAUGUUCUCGCGCGGGGAAGGGUUGUCCGAAUCAAGAGAUCUCUAUCCCACUGGGGACAAAGGCGGCAUGAGAGACUCCCUGGGCGGUGGAGACAGCUUCGUAAGUGCACGGGAGCGGGCGGCAGAUGCCACAGGCUCCACUCUGCAAUCCAGAGGCGCGAGCAGUGGGGAGCACGCAUUGUAUACCAGAGGGCGAUCCGACCGGGACCUGUUUUUCUCCGAGGAAGGCUGCCGAUUUGCGUCCCCUGCUGGUGCGUUCGACUCGCGCGACCUGCUGUGCAGCAGUCAGCACGGGUCGUUUGUGGGCUCAGACGAGCCGGUGGAAUACCGGGAGGGCGCGUUUGGGAGCUUGGAGCGCGUGGGAGGUGGGGGUGGAGGGGCGGGUGAGAGGCGAGAGCUGGUGGCGUUUGGCAGCACGGAGAAGGAGACAGAAGGCAGGCCCGAGAGGGGCGAGAGGGAUGCAGUGGAGGCGAUUGGCGCUGCUUCUGCAGUUGCUGCUGCGGUUUUUGGCAUUGCUGCUGGCGGUGGGGCCACGGGAUCGAGUGCUGGUGGCUUCAGCAGGGGUGGGCGCGAGCGGUUUGGGUUCCUGUCGUCUGAAUUUGACUUCGACCUUCGCAUGGGGUCCCUUUACCCGGACGGCACUGAGCCCACUCAGUCCGCUGAGGCCUUUCUGAAGCCAGAUGUUGCGGGUGUGCAAAACGGUAUGGUUGGGCAGGAUGUGGUGCAAGAGGUGGUUGGGAGCAGCAGCAGCAGAGCAAGGCUGGUGCGUGGCAGUGGCAGUGCCAAGGAGCGGGGCGAGAAGGAGUACAGAGCAAGGGAGCAAGGUGAGAGGGGUGGUGAGGGGGGUGGAAAUGGGAGGUGGUGGGAGAAGAUCCAUUCAGGCGUGCGCAGCCUGGAGCAGAUGCAGCAGGACGCCUGUGACGCCGGCAUGGCUGCUGCUGACGCUGCUAGCGUCGUGGAUAGCAGCUCGGCAGAGCUUCCUGGCGAUGCUGCUGCUGCUGUUGCUGCUUUUGCUGCUGCUGCUGUUGCUGGUGCCUCCGCCGCAUGCGAGAAAAGAGGAGAGGACAUGCGGACGCCAGGUGCUCGAGUCAAGGCGGAGGGCGCACGCAGGGAGGGCAGGGAAGCAGGAGACCAGCAACAGCAGCAGCAGCAGCAGCAGCAGCAGCAGCACCAGCAGCCGCAACAGCCGCAGCAGCAGGAGCAGGCAAGGCCAGUGCAGGCACAGCAGCAGAAGGCACAGCACCCGGGGGCAGCGCUGUUCAUGGGGGGAGGGGGGUCGGUGCUGGGGAGGGGCCUGCGGGAGCUGAAGGAGGUGUACGUGGUGGGGCGCGCACCCGUGGGGCGCGGGCAGUAUGGCACGGUGCGCAAAUGUGUGCAUAGAGGCACCGGCAAGGCGUAUGCGUGCAAGAGCAUCGGCAAGCGGAGCCUGCUGGUGAGCUCAGAGGGGCUGCUGAGUGCAGCGGAGAAGGAGGCGGUGCGGCGCGAGGUGGGGUUCCUGGAGCGGCUCAAGGGGCACGCCAACAUCAUCCGCAUGAAGGAGACCAUCGAGAGCACGAGGCACGUGCACAUCAUCAUGGAGCACUGCGAGGGGGGCGACCUCCUCGACCGCAUCCAGCUGCACCGCAACUUCCCGGAACCUUCCGCUGCGCGCAUCUUCCGAUCACUCAUGCGUGCGCUGCAGCACUGCCACGCGCACGGCAUCGUGCACCGCGACGUCAAGCCCGAAAACGUCCUCAUCGCCCACACCUCCUCCCACCGCGAUGCCCUCUCGGCCUCCCACACCCACAUCGCCAAGAGUAGCAGCGUCGGCACCGGCAUGGGUGCCAGCAGCUGCAAUUUCAGCAGCGAUGCCGUGAAGCUGAUUGACUUCGGCGUGGCAACGGUGUGGAGUCCUGAGAAGCCGUGCCGCGACGUCAUCGGCACUUCUGAGUACAUGGCUCCCGAGGUGUUCGACCAAUCGUACGGCCCGGAAUCCGACGUCUGGAGUGCAGGGAUCGUCCUAUUCAUGCUGGUGAUUGGGCGAGCCCCGUACAGCGACCCACCCUCCACAGGAGGCUCGGUGGCACCAGAGGAGAGGCCCGGGUGGCCGAGCGUGCUGGUGGCGAAGGAGGCGGGGUUCUAUGGGGUGCGCGAGUGGGAGAACCUGUCCGCUGCAUGCAAGCACCUCAUCAGCUGGAUGCUUGUGAAGGAUCCCACCGCCCGGCCCACACCACAGCAAGUGCUUGGUACGUGUUCUGUCAGCCGCCCAGGUGUGCUGCCACCUCUGUCUGCUGCACUGCGUGUCUCAACAGCUCCAGCCAUGAUUGCCGUCGCAUCUUGUGUUGGCUGCAUGCAUUAUAUCACGAGUGGCUAUCUAUGA